AUGCCUCCCCUCAUCGUCUUGAUCACCGGCGGGAACCGCGGCCUCGGUCAAGGCCUCGUCAAGCUUUUCCUCGCACAGCCCAACUACACCGUCAUCGCCGCCGUCCGAGACCCCAACCACACAACCGCCCAAGCGCUGGCCGACCUCCCACAGGGUGCCGGCAGCACGCUAAUCACGGUCCGCUACGACGCCGGCAGCGAGCAGAGCGCCACAGACGCUGUUUCCGAGCUCCAGACGAAGCACAACAUCGACCAUCUCGACAUCGUCGUCGCCAACGCCGGCAUCUCCAAGCAGUGGCCCUUGGUCAAGGAUGUGAAGCGGGCCGACAUCCAGGAGCAUGUCGAGGUGAAUGUGCUGGGUGUUGUGUCGCUGUACCAGGCGACGAGGGAGUUGCUGCAGCGGUCUACGGUUGGGCCGCGAUUUGCGGCGAUUGGGUCGAUGGCGGGUUCUCUGAGGGAGCAACCCCCGGUGCCCAGUGGUUCAUACGGGCCCUCCAAGGCCAUGUUGAACUGGUACGGCAUUCGCAUCAACGCCGAAGAGGAAUGGCUUACGGCGUUUAUUCUCGACCCCGGUUGGGUCCAGACGGAAAUGGGAAACAGGGCGGCGCAGGUCUGGGGCGUGGCCGAGGCGGCGCCUGAUAAUAUUAAUGACUCGACUGAGGGCAUGUUCAAGGUUUUGACGACGGCCAAGAGGGAGACGCAUGGUGGGAAGCUUGUAGUGUACACUGGCGAGAUUAAAGAUUGGUAA